AUGGAGGCAGAGGUCAAUAAGAUGGAACUCAUGUUCCAGAAAGCUGACUCUGAUCUGGAUUACAUUCAGUACAGACUAGAAAAUGAAAUCAAGACUAAUCAUCCUGAUUCAGCAGGCAAGAAAAAUCUAGUUACACUCUUAAAGGAAUUGUUAGCAAUUAAGUCUCAAUAUCAAGCUUUGCAUGCACGCUUUAAACCAAUCGCUGUCAAGCAGAAAGAGACUAAGAGCUGAGUUUAUGCUACUGUCUUAAUGACCAUGAUACAAAAACUACAAAAGCAAACAGCCGGGGCAUCACCAUGGACUAAAGAAGAGAAAACUGCAGCAGAGCAAUUAAAAUCUCACAUGUCAGACUUACGAAGAAAUGGACUUGCAAAAGAGAACUCUCAUGGAGAAGAGAACCAUUCCAGAAAAAUUUAG